AUGGACUCGACACCAAAUGUUCCUUGUGCCCAAGAGUUCAAUGACUACAUGAUCGUCAACUGGAUUGAUUAUGAUGCUCGCUUCCCCCUGCCGCUCUGGAACCACCAUGAGACCAAUGGGCCACGCACCAACAACAAUCUGGAAGGAUUCCACAACCGUCUCAACAAAGCAAUGCCCCACUACCACCCGAACAUCUAUCGUUUUGUGGACAUUAUUAAGAAGAUCGAGUUUGCAGACAGAGCCAAGCUUUCCCAGAUUGACUUCGGCGCCGCUCCUCUAUCCCGCAAGCGUGUGUACAGAGAGAUGGAAAACAGACUAGUUAGACUCAAGGAUCAAUUGCAGCAGAGAGUCAAGACGCCACUUCAGUUCUUAGAUGCUGUCGGCUUUCUACUGAAACUUGCUUAA